AUGAUUGAUGUUUCUUAUGAAAAUUCAAUAUUUUUCAUUACUUCAUCGAUUACAAUUCGAAAUGAAUUAGUUCAGAAGUUUGCAUUUGGAAGAAUGCUUGGAGAAAAAUGCAUUUUAAGUGCAUACGAAGUAUUUUUCUUAUAUGAUGUAUGUAAAUCAGUCAACAUUUCAUUUAAUAGAAAAGAAUUAUGGGACAUUUGCUCAGGAUUGUCUCAAAAUGGCAUUUUUGCUAGGAAUUAUUCUGUUUAUAGAUAUUAUAGGUCGUUAUUAUGGGUUGUUAGGGAUGGAUCCGUAUUUGGAUGCGAAUUUGUAUUAUAUCAUGAUCAUCCAGAAGUAGUUCAUUCAUCUUUUAUCGUUAGAAUUCUAGAGAACUGGGAUAAUUUUGAAAAUGAAGCCUUAACCAUUACAAGAAUUGGCUGGUUUCUCAAGAAGAGAGGAAUUCUCUGUGUUGUUAAACAUACAGAUAAUAUUGACUACUCUGAUCCAGAUUCUGUUGAUUUAUUCGAAAUUGAAUCCUUCAUUGUUAAGAGAGUUAAGUUCCGCUAA